ACAGGAUAUGCAGAACGAAGCAGAGUCACCAAUUUGGCCAAAAUGGUCUGAAGCAGCAUUUUACUAACAUCUUAUUACACAAGUUCAUGAUUCGAUUGAAUUGAUGGAAUGGUCUUCUCUAUAAUGAGUGCCCAUGUAGACAAGUCCGUCCAUAUUCAUGCAGAGGUGCUUGAUCCCCAUCUCAGCGGACGAGAUUUCGGGGCUCGUCGUAUUCCCACUUCAUUAUACGACCAUCACAUCUAUCUCCUGUUUCUAAUUCCUUCUAAAAUUACCAUUAAGUGUUUUUACAUCCGUAAAAUCCGCAUCUCCGUGAAAACAAACGAUCAGGGUACGUAGAUGUUUACAAGGAGAAUUACUUCCCUCGGCAACUUUCCACGAUGCAUGUAGCCAAUCCUUCCGUGCAACCCCUUAAUUGGCCAAUCAGCAUAAACACUUUAAUAAUCUACGACCAAAAAUACCAAAUUGGACUGAAAGAGGCUGGUUUCCAAUCUAUUCGGACAGAUCGUCCUUCGUCCGCGGACCAAAAGUAUUGGCUGUUACGACUCCACACUUGAUGAUUCCCUCACAGUGCUACGCUAAAUUCUCAACUCUACGGACUAAUCGUCUGUGAUCCAUGAUGGCAGAAUUGGAGAUACCGGCACCAUAACGUUGACAUCAACAACAACUCCGAGGCUCGUAUCAUGUAG